ACGCCUGGGGCUGCGAGCGGGGCACCGGCACCGGCACCGCCGCCGGCACCUCCCGGCCACGCCUGGGCUGAGAGCGGGGCACCGGUACCGGCACCCGCACCGGGACCAGAACCGCCAGCCACGCGUGGGGCGGCGGGACCCGCACCAGCACCGGGACCGGGACUCGCUCAGGGGUCGGGACCGGCACUUAGGGCCGCGCUCAGGGCACCGGCACCGGCACCGGGACCGGGACCUGAACUUGGGAACCACGCGUGGGGCUGCGAGCCGGACACCGGUACCGGGACCCGCUCCCACGCCGGGACAGCCAGCUGCUCCCGUCCACGCCGUGCCACCCCGCCCAGGUGUCCCCAUGGAGUGACCCUGCGCUGGGUCCCGGCAGCUGUGCCAGCACGGGGGGGACACCGGCUGCCACCACCGCCAGCAUGAGCGACUUCUGGCACAAGCUGGGCUGCUGCGUCGUGGAGAAGCCCCAGCCCAAGAAGAGGAGGAGGCGGAUCGACCGCUCCAUGAUCGGGGAGCCCAUGAACUUCGUGCACCUGACGCACAUCGGCUCCGGGGACAUGGCUGCGGGAGAGGGGCUGCCCAUGACUGGUGCUGUCCAGGAGAUGAGGUCCAAGGGCGGCCGGGAGCGACAGUGGAGCAACUCCCGCGUGUUGUAGCGUAUUCCUGGCUUUUUCAGCCCAAACUUGAACUGCCUGAUCCCCCCUGCUGGAGGAGAAGCCGACCUGGAGCGCUUUAGCCCCGCGGUAUUUAUGCAGCUCACCCAGCUCCCGGUGACUUUGGGUCGUCGUCCCUCUGGAAAAUCGGGGGGCAGCAGCCCCCCACCCCCUGCCCUGCCUGGAAAGGACGCAGCCACCCCCCUGAAGCGUGCCAGGAGCUGCCAGGCGCAGCCCACGCGUGCCAAAUCCUCCCACGUUUCCCCUUUUCCCCUCCCACGGGCUGCAUGGUGGUGCCUCAGUUUCCCCAGGGAAUCACUCACGGUGCAGAGGCAGAUUCGGUGCCUCCCAGAACAACACCAGGAUUAAGCCCUGAUAUUCUGGUGCCAAACCAGAGUUAAACCCAAGAUGUUCUGGUGUCAAACCAGAUGUCACAGUGGGAUUAACCCCCAAUUCCGCGGAGCAGAGCGGGGAUCGCACCCCGACGCUCCGGUGCCAAACCAGGAUCAAACCCCAGUGCCUCCCACCGCCGCCAAACUCCCACCUCCCUCCUUUUUGUAGGAUAUCUCGUUCUUUUUAAGCUCCAAAACCCACCUGAGCAGCCUCCAUCACCGCGGUGGGGUCCCCUCCGCCCGGGAUUGUCCCGGUCCCGGAUGGGCCUGACCCCACAAGGGCUCCAAAUUCAGGCGCGGGUGUACAUAGUUUAAUUAGCGCCAGGAUUAAAUAUUAAACAGCACGUGCUGGGUGA